AUGCUCACAUUUGAUGGUACUCUAGAGCUCCUGAUUACUAGAUACCCAAACUUGGAAGAUGUACCCAUUGGACUCUACCAGGAAAUAUUCGGUACCAAAGGCGAAUCCACCCCAAAAAACUUACCAGGCCAAGGUCUUCGUAAACGUGGUGGCGCAGAAUCUGGGUCCCGUAUUUCAGGAAUGGAAAUUGAUGAGCGGCCCAUACCUAUAUUCCCUGAUCUUUGGGAGGACGUCAUAGAACUGGUGAAAUGCUCUUACUACCGUGGAAGACUCUUGGAGGAUUCUAGAAACGGUCCUCCAAUCCAACAUUUGGGAGUUAUUAUGGAUGGCAACCGUCGUUAUAGCAGGAUCAGAGGGCUCAGCACUGUAACCGAAGGCCACAAAGUUGGCGCCUUCAAACUCCUUCAGGUUAUGUCGUGGGCCUUCAGUGUUGGCAUUCAGAACCUCACCGUAUGGGCUCUGUCACAUGAUAAUUUGAAGCGAGGCCGUGACGAAUUAGAUCCAUUAUUUGUAAUGAUAACGGAUUAUAUUAACGAGAUGAUGAUGGGCGAUGUACCUUUUGCCCUUUUGAACGUUCGGUUUCGGGUCAUCGGUGACAGGUCUAUUCUCCCGGAUCAACUUAAUGAGACCAUUGAGAAAGCUGAGGCCGCUACAGCGAAUUUCAAGUUCAACCUCCAGCUCGCGCUUGGUUACGGCGGGCGUUCCGAAAUUCUAAGAGCGACUAAAAUGGCUCUUGAUAAUAAGAUAAAACAAGGUCUUUCUUCGAAUGAGGCUAUCGCGACGAUUACUGAGGCAGAUAUGUCUCAGAAUAUUUACUCAGCGCAACUAGGGUUACCGCGGAUAGGCUCAAUAUUUCGGCCUGGCGGUGAGCAUCGAUUAAGUGGUUUCGCUUUAUGGGAGUCGCAGCACGCAGAGCUUGCCAUUGUGGAUGAAAACUGGCCUGCUCUGAAGCAAUCGACCUUUCUGAGAAGCGUUCUGGAUUUGUCAAAGCGGAGCAGACGGCUUGGAGUAUAG